AAUACGAUUUUAUACUAUGAUAAUUUAGUUUUUACAAUUUUCAUUAAAAAUAAAGCAAGUGUUGCAAUAAAAAUAUGCUAAAUUUAUAACGUCAAUUAAAGAUAACAAUAUUUACAAUGUGUGAUUUCAAUGAAUACAAGCGAGAACGUUCCGGAACGCAAUAAAUAAAAGCGCGCUUUCUUUUUUUUUUAAUUCAAAAUUUCUUAUUUGCUUGCGAUAGGUACUUCUUUGAUAGUUAAUUGGAUACCUACCUACGUAAUAAAAUAGAAAAUAUGAGCGAUUCCAGUGAAGACGACAAUUUUUUAACUCCUCCAGAGUUAGUUGAAACUGUUAAAAAUGCUGAACUAAGUUUCUUGCCUAGUAAAUCUCGUGAAAAGUACCUGAAAGUCUACGAACAUUUUGACAAAUGGAGGCACGAAAAGGGCGCAGGAAACACUAUGUCGGAAACUGUGCUUCUGUCUUAUUUCAUUGAAAUGUCGCAUACAAAACAGCCGUCAACGAUGUGGAGUACAUAUUCGAUGUUGAAAGCUACAUUACAAACUAAAAAUAACGUCCAUAUAAACACUUACGCAAAGCUGAUUGCGUUUUUGAAAAGAUCGGCCGUCGGCCACAAAUCAAAAAAAUCGAAAGUUUUCACGGCUGCUAAUAUUGAAAAAUUUCUUAAUGAAGCUCCAGAUUGCACUUUCCUAGCCGCAAAAGUCAUCCUUAUCAUUGGAAUAAACGGAGCAUGCCGCUCCAACGAGUUAUUGAAUCUAACUCCUAAUGCCAUUGAACAACAUUCCAGCGACCUUCUUUUGAUUAACCUGCCAAAUACGAAAACAAAUAUAGACAGGUCGUUCGUCGUCCGUGAGGAAUACGCACACGUUGUCCAGAAAUAUAAAGCAUUGCGCCCUCCCAAUACGAUCACAGACCGCUUUUUCAUACAAUAUCGUAAUGGAAAAUGUACGCGGCAACCGAUGGGUAUUAAUAAAAUAGGAGCGACUGCACGAGAAAUCACAACAUUUUUAGAUUUGAAAGAGCCGCAGCUAUACACUGGCCACUGCUUCAGGCGAACAUCAGCCACUCUUUUGGCAGAUGGAGGAGCUGACCUCACAACGUUGAAGCGCCAUGGCGGUUGGAGAUCAAAUACAGUGGCUGAAGGAUAUAUCGAAGAUUCAAUAGAAAAUAAAUCAAAAAUCUGUAAGCGUAUUAUAGAUUCGAUAAACCUAAAACAGACUUCGCAUUCUUGGGCACAACCUAGCACCUCCAGUGAUGCGAAUCAUACCCAAACCCGCCCAGAAUCACCAACUUUUACGGUGCGGGAAGGGUCACAAUCCAGCUCAACUCAUAAUGAAACCUCGACCACUACUCAAGUAGCAAACACUACGACGAUUACUGUUCCAAAUAAAACAGUAACUUUUAAUCUACAGAAUUGUACAAACUUCACGUUCCACUUUUAAUUUUUUGUAAAUUCUGUAUUUUUGUAAAUAUACAAUGAUGCAUUUGCUUUCAUGACGUGUUUUUAUUACUUGUCCCUUUAGUAUAUAUAUAUGUUCUCGCUGCUGAGGUGAAAAGUUGUAUGUAUCACGCGAGAGCAAAGUUAUUUUGCAGCUCGUAUUUUUGAGUCCCUCGCUUCGCUCAAGAUCCUAAUUCUGAAUCACUCGCUACACUCGUGAUUCAACUAUAGAAUCUUUCGCUUGCUCAGGACUCAAAAACAGCACUCGCACCAAAAAACGACUUUGCUCUCUUGUUGAACAAAUAACUAUU